GCAAGGUCCUCUGCCAGCACGUGAAGGCCCGCGCCCGCGCCGACAGGCAGCCGCAGCCCACACCGCGCGCCUGUGGCGCGAACGGAACGCCAGCGACAGCGGCAAGGCUCAAGCUGGACUUCGCAAACGCUUUCAACUCCUCGAAGCGGAAAGCCGCGCUACGGGCCGUGCGCCCCCGCUUCCCAAAGCUCGAGCGCAAGGCGCGCGGGACCUACGCGGAGCACUCAACCCUGCGCGUCGGCCAACACAGGCUCUCUCAG